CACAACCGGCAGCCGAGGAGCAGCAGCAGCACAGGUCAGAAGGCUGGAAGGGGGAGCGGCAGAGAGCCUAACCCCUGUGGCAGGGAGCUGCAGCAGGAGCCCUGAGACCGCAGGCCCUGCUGGGCAGUGGUCCCGGUCCCUGGCUCUUCACUGCCCAGUGUCUCGCUGGGGAACGGCUGCAGGGGCAUCCUACACGGGCUGCAGCCAGGAGACGGGCAGGGUCUAAGGGUCUGUCCAGAGGAGUCAGUGGGUGGGUGAGAUGGGCACUGGGAACCGCAGCCGUUUCCAGGUCAAUGGCUGAGCUGCGGGGUCCCUGCGGGGAGCUCAGCCCGGCAGGAAGAAGGGGUGCUUUGACGGGGGGACAGAGGAGGGGGAGGAAUCCCAAGCUGACCUCGUUUGUCCCCCCCUGCCCUGUGACAGCGAGGGGCUCAGCAUGGGGUGGGGGCGCGGCGGGAAGAGCAGGGUCAGUGCGCACAGGGAGACUGACGCAUUUUGUUCUCUCUGCAGAGUGGCUCAUUUUGCCUGGCCGGUCCCUGAACCCAAACAGCGCAGGAUGUCUCUGAAGGCUGUCACCCUCGCUCUGGCACUUCUCGCCAUCACAGGGGCCCAUGCAGAUGUCAGUGCCCAGCAGGUGGCCGAUGUGGUCUGGAAUUACUUCACCCAGCUGACCGGCAAUGCCAAGGAGACGAUGGAGCAGAUCCAGCAAUCUGAAAUCAGCAAGCAGCUCAACACCCUCUUCCAGGACAACUCCUACGCGGGGGACCUGCAGAAGAAGCUGAUCCCCUUCGCCACCGAGCUGCAUGCCAAGCUGAGCCAGGACUCGGAGAAGCUGAAGGAGCAGAUCCGGCAGGAGCUGGAGGACCUGCGCCUCAAGCUGUCCCCUUAUGCCGACGAAGUGCACCAGCAGAUCAGCAAGAACGUCCAGGCGCUGCAGCUGAAGCUGAGCCCUUAUGCCGAGGAGCUGCGUGGCCAGGUCAACCAGAACGCGGAUUUGCUGCGCCAGCAACUGGCCCCCUACGCCCAAGAGCUGCGGGACAAGCUGCAGGAGAACGUGGACGGCCUCCAGGCAUCCCUGGCCCCCUAUGCCGAGCAGCUCCAGCAGCAGAUUGACAAAAACGUGGCGGACAUGAAAGAGAAGCUGGCGCCCUUGGCCGACGAGCUCCAAGUCAAGAUAGACCAGAACGUGGAGGAGCUGCGCCAGCAAUUGGCCCCCUACGCCCAGGACGUGCAGGACAAGCUCAACCGCCAGCUCGAGGGCCUGUCCUUCCAGAUGAAGAAGGGUGCAGAGGACCUGCGGGCCAAGCUUUCGGAGAGCGCGGAAGAGCUGCGCCAGAAGCUGAACCCUUACGCCGAGGAGCUGAAGGAGAAGCUGCGCACGGAUGCCGAGGGCCUGCGCCAGUCCCUGGGCCCCUACGUGGAGGGCCUGAGUGGGCAGAUGGAACAGAAGAUCGAGGAGUUCCGCCAAACCGUGAGCCCCUACGGGGAGGCCUUCAACAAGCAGCUGGUGCAGAAGGUGGAGGAGAUGAGGCAGAAGCUGGGCCCCUACGCUGGGGAAGUGGAGGAUCAUCUCAGCUUCCUGGAGAAGGAUGUGCGGGACAAGGUCGCCUCCUUCUUCAGCACCAUCAAGCAGAUCGAAAACUGAGGGGAUCCCUAAGAGGUCUCGGCUUCGCUUCCUAUCGCCACCUGCUCACCCUCACCUCCACUGCACAAGGCAAGCCACUGUCUUCCUCAGAGCCAGGGGCGAAGCACACUGGAACCAGCCCCAGGACAGGCUCAAGGGCUUGCUGCUCUUCCUCAGCUCAUGCCCCAGCGCAGGAAAGGGACCCGGAGCUGUGAAUGCCAGGAGACCUGCACAUGCUGGAUGACUGUCUGUCUGUGCUGCUACUGACUUUCCUGCACUUGCCCUCACUCCAAAAUUGCACCUACUGUAUCUGCUGAAAUAAAACUGCAACACAGCAAUGCA